AUCAAUAAAGUAAACAACACACACCUUGCAAAUUGCUUUGCUACAAUUUUGUUUUAUUUUUCACUCGUUGAGGUGUAUUAGAGUCUACGCUCUCUCAUUGCCCUUGCUAGUUGGUUUUCUAAUUCUGGAACUCCUUGGCGACUGAUAUAAAGAUCAUAAAUAUAAAUUUUCCGUGAAUUAAUCUUUAUUUUCAGUUGUGGCAUGAACUAGAGGUAAAGCUUCAGAAUUUCAUCUUACUGCUGCCACUAAUAUAAUUGAUAUUCAUGAGACAUCGAAAUGCUGGACAUGAAUUGAAAUCUUUGUUCAAAUUUAUUGUGCAGCUGGAACUAUAAGUUUACACAAAACAGGAUUUUACGGAGGCGAUUGCGAUUGUUGAACUACAAAGCGAUGACACCACGUUAACACAAUUGUACAGCCAGGUGCCAGACUGCAAUCGACCUCGUUAAAACUGAGAAAUGUUUUGUUAUGUAAUAUUUCCGCAGUUUCGUGAAACAUCUACCGCUGUUGCGAUGUAUACGUUUCUAGGCAUUUCAAGUGUUGUACUGGCACUCUUAACAGUCGUUGGGAAUUUGCUUAUUUUGUGCGCGAUACGUAAAUGUCAGACGUUGCACGCCCCAACCAAAGCGUUACUGUGCAACUUAGCCUUCUCAGAUCUGGGAGUGGGAAUCGUUGUAUACCCGCUGUUUGCGGCUCACUGGUUUGCUGUGGUACUCAACAACAUCCGAGCAUUCUGUGCUGUUCUUGAUCCGUACGUAAUUGCAGCUUAUAUCAUGGGAUCGGUGUCUUUGUAUACAAUGACGGCAAUCUCUUUGGACAAAUAUUACGCAUUUACUUUGAGGUUAAGGUACCACCGGAUUGUUACCUUCAAAAGGGUCGUGCUUGCAAUGGGCGGGUGUUGGAUCGUCGGCUUUACUAUGCCUUUCUUAUGGCUACUCAGCGAAACGGGUACCCGCAUUCUGGGUGCUGUACUCAUUUUUUUUUGCAUUGUGAUGACAUCGAUAUGUUACAUCAAAGUAAUUAUUGGGAUACGUCGCCAUCAGCGACAAAUCCAGGAACUAAAGGCAACCUCGGCAUCACAGCAUCAUGGCGGAAGUCUCCUCCGUAUUGGUCGAUACAAAAGGUCGCUGAACACCAUGAUUUUGUUAUUUUGGCUUCAGAUUGCGUGUUAUCUUCCAUUCUUUAUUGCUGCAGCUGCUACCAUGGGAAUAGGGGCAAACUCGAACAAAAUGCUGGCGUUGAACAUCACCAAGGCGUUUAUUUAUUUCAAGUCUUUGUUGAACCCGCUUGCGUACUGCCUGAGAAUGAGGGAAAUCAGGCGUCAAGUGCUCACGUCUCUUUCGUGCUUUGUUAGAUUUAUGCGUUGUAAAGGUGUGAUUUGAUCAUGAAAGCUUUUCCUUUUCUCAAUAGCUCGCAAAAAAUAUCGGUUGUAUCAAAUUUUGAACAAAGAAGUCAAAACAUGCCGAGUGCAAGCUUAAAAAUAAUAAUAAAGAAAAAUAAAUCAUAGCGGAGCUCCGGCGG